AUGCAAAUUAUUUAUAAAUAUAGAAUGCAAUCGAUAGGAGCAGUUUGUAUACAGAUAAUUGUUCUUUCAAUGUGGAUAGGGCAUGUUAUUGGUUCUAGCCCUAAUUUAUUAAUAGAUUAUAAUUUAAUUUUAGCUAGAGUGAAUAAGCAGUAUGACAAAAUAAGUAAACUGGAGCAGAUGGCUUUAAAUUCUAAUGUAGAAAAUUCUAAUCCAGGAAUUAAUGUGGAAGAUAAAUGCAUAUUAGAUAAUAUAUAUUAUAAAAGCUUAAAUUGUCCUCAUCCCUAUACAAUAAUUGAAAAAGUCCCAGAAGCACAGAAAAAAGAAAUAAGCACGGCGUAUGAUGAUAUGACUAGGAUGGGCAAUGUUUAUAUAUUGCAGUCAAAAUCUUUAGAGGAUAUAAAUAAAGAAUUUUCAAGGUGUUUGUUAGAAUAUAAAAAAGCACUAUCAGAUACUAAAAAUCUGAUUAAUUCUGUAGCUAUGGAGGCAAGACUGCAUAUGGCUGAUUUAGAAGAGAUCACAAAUAAUUCUAUAACUGAGAAUUUUUCUGAAAAUGAUGUAACAAACGCUCUUUUAUUCACAAAGAAUAUUAAAUAUAUAUAUAACCCGCAAAUAAAUGUGCUGAAAAAUCUGCUGAUUAAAAUAGAAAAUGGUGAAAGUCAAUAUAUAGAAGAAUCAUUAAAUCUACUAUACAUAUUCCGUGAUUCUACUGAUUUAUAUAUUAGCUGUUUACAUUAUAUUUAUAUGUUUACAAAAAUAUGUGACAAGUUCUAUGUUAUAGAAGAUAUUUUAAUAAAGUUUUCCCCAUAUGAAUCUUGCCUUAAGAAGAAAAUAGAGUUACUCCAAGAACUUAUAAAGAUAGAUCAUAAAAAGACAUGUAAUAAAGAACUAUCAAAAUUCAUACUGAUAAAACUAAGAAAGACAAUGAUAAAGUACAAAACUCUAUUUAGAAUAUUUUCUAGUGAGUAA